CAACUUCGAGAUGGCGUAUUCCGCAAUCCCACAAGGCAUUUCGAAAUCUACUUCCUCUUCAAAUUUAACUUCAUUUCGUGUGGUUGACAUCGAGGACGUCCGUUUACAAUGUCUGAUGCGGAAGGAGAUGAUCAACCAGCUGCUGCUGCAGCGGCUGCCGCCGUUUCUGUCGGAGGCCCUAUGGAUGUGAACACUGCCCUGCAGGAGGUGCUUAAGACUGCCCUGAUCCACGAAGGUCUGGCCCGCGGGAUCCAUGAAGCUACCAAAGCCCUGGAUAAGCGUCAAGCUCAUCUGUGUGUCCUAGCCAACAACUGUGACGAACCGGCCUACAAGAAGUUGGUCGAGGCUCUCUGCGUGGAACACAACAUCAACCUUCUUAAGGUUGAUGACAACAAGAAGCUUGGCGAAUGGGCUGGACUUUGUAAGAUUGACAAGGAGGGAAAGGCCCGUAAAGUAGUGGCAUGCAGCUGUGUUGCUGUUAAGGAUUACGGAAAGGAGUCCCCAGCCCUGGACGUGGUCAAGGACUACUUCAGCAAGUAAAUCCUGAUGAUGACCAGAGGCAGCCAGUACUAAGCGACCCUCACCAAACGAAGCACCCCUCUGCAGUGCACCAAUUCACAAAGGGCUAGGAAGGACAUGCAAGAAUGUGUUUUCUUGGAUGUUCUUUCUAGGUUACCAUCUUCCCUUUCCAUAGCACACAGCAGCAAGUGGUCAAUAAAGCAUCAAUAUCAAGUGCA